AUGUUUAGAACAAUAUUUUUCGUGUGUUUGUCUCUUUGUGUAGCACUCGCUAAACACGAGCAGUAUGAGGGUGCUGCCGUGUAUGAUGUGACUGUUACCACUAAGGAGCAGGCACAACUCGUGAAUCAGCUGGAGAAUGAGAUUUUUGUCGAUGUCUUGUCUCACGCCAUUCCCGGAAGAACUGGUCAAGUCCUUGUACCGAAAGAACAGAGGGAGCAAUUCCAAAAUGAACUGUCAAACUCUGGGAUAGAGUUCGAAAUUGUAACUGAAAAUGUUGUUGAACAGUUACAACUUGAAGAUGAAUUGUUAGCCGCUGCUUCGAAGAAAAGCAACAGAUCUGCUUCCAGAAUUGGACUUUCCUUUGACACUAUCCACAGAUACAGCGUUGUCGACCAAUAUUUAGUAGAUUUAGCAGAGGCAUACCCUGAUAUUGUCACCGUGGUAUCAGGUGGUGAAAGUUUUGAAGGCCGAGAUAUUAAAUAUUUGAAGAUCUCCACAACCAACUUCCAGGAUAGAAGUAAGCCCAUUGUGUACAUUCAAUCACUUCUACAUGCCCGUGAAUGGAUCACACUCCCUGCAACCUUGUACGCUAUUGAGAAGCUCGUCAUCGAUGUAGUGGAACAGGACCUGCAGCAAGAUAUUGACUGGAUCAUCGUGCCUAUUGCUAACCCUGAUGGAUAUGAGUUCUCCCACACCAACACUAGAUUCUGGAGAAAGAAUCGCGCCACUGGUUACUCUGUUGGAAAUACUUGCAUUGGUGUAGACCUUAAUCGCAACUUUGAUAUACUCUGGGGUACAGCUUCCAGCAACAGCGCCUGUUCUGAAACCUUCCACGGUAGAGGACCUGCAUCAGAGCCAGAAAUUGUUGCACUACAGAAUAUUCUCGGUGAAGAUGUAAAUCGAGUUGAACUGGUUCUCGAUGUUCACAGUUAUGGCAGCUUGAUCUUAUAUGGUUGGGGAACUGGCCAAUUACCACCAAAUGGUCUUAUUAUUAAUUACGUUGGAGUUAUUAUGGCUCAAGCUAUAGACAGAGUUAAAUGGCCAACUAAUAUCAAUUAUAUUGUAGGCAAUUCUUUCCAAGUACUCUAUGGUUCGUCUGGAAGUACCGCUGAUUAUGGUCUAGCGAUUGGCUCACCUCUGUCAUAUACUUAUGAGUUACCAGCUUACAGAAACAGCGGCGGAUUGAACGGCUUCCUCGUCGACCCUGACUUCAUUGAGCAGGCCGGAUUUGAAACUUGGGAAGGUAUCAAAGAAGGAGCUAGAUUUGCAAGAGAUAAUUUUAGAAGAAGACAAGGUCAUUGA